AUGGGGCUGACGUUGACGGGCGCGUACAACACCAGACAGCUACAGAUCGUCAUCAUAAACAGCAUUCUCGUUGUACUCUCAAUUUUAGCAGUCGUUCUGAGAAUCUGGGCACGCAGGCUACAGGGUCUGAGUCUGUUCAUAGAAGACUAUCUGAGUAUUAUCGCUUUGGCCCUAGCACUUGCGGUUAAUGCACUUCUUUUCCAAAGUCUUCAUGCAGGUGUUGGGGAACAUGUCGAUACACUUUCAGCCGCUACUGUUCAGGAGUAUUCCUUGAACCUGUAUGUGAUGCAGCUCUUCUGGAAUACCUGCCUUCCGGUUAUCAAGCUCUCUAUCGUCCUCUUCUACCAGCGCAUCUUCCCCGUGCCUUCCAUGAUAUUUGCGUGUCGCUCGAUCAUGCUGUUUUUGGCUGUGUGGUACAUUGCAUUUCAAACAACUGCCAUUUUUCAAUGUAUCCCAAUACAUCACGAGUGGCAGAAGAAGACCACUAAAGGGCACUGCAUAGACUUUGUCCCUUUUGUGACCACUUUAGCUGCGACCAAUUUGUGCACCGAUGUCCUUUUGCUGGUUUUGCCCACACGAGAGAUUUGGAGGCUACAAAUACCCUGGGCUAGGAAGAUCGGUUUGUCUAUCUUUACUCUUGGGGUCAUUGUCUGUGCCAUCUCGAUUGUCCGCCUCGAAAACCUGAUUGCAAUCAGUGAUUCGGAUAUCACUUGGUCAGAUACGUAUUCCCACCUUUGGACUGCAAUCGAGAGCAGCCUCGGAGUAGUGGUAUCUUGCCUGCCCAGCCUGAUGCCAAUUGUACGCCUACUUAGGGACAGAAAAGUCCGGCACAGCGGAAAAUCCUUUAGACGCCCACGGGAUGGGUCAUCAUCCUACCCCAGUUACGUGCGACCGCCAUACGAGCUGUCAAAGCUGUCAAAUCAGGUUACCUCGGGAGCGAGCCGGACAAGACAUCGGUCAGGAAGUAGUCGCUCAGACUUAAUCCAGAAGCCUGUUGGGGAUAUUGAGAUCGUCACUGAGAUUAAUCAACAGGUAGAGUCGGCCAGUCAGUGUGGCUUCGAGACUUAG